AUGGCGGGCGCCGAAGACGGGCCGGGCCAGCAGCCGGAACUCGAAGACGAUGAGGCGGCGUUCUGCCGGCGCUGGGGCGCGCAGCACGCCGGGGCCCGCGAGCUGGCCGCGCUCUACUCCCCAGGCAAGCGCUUCCAGGAGUGGUGCUGUGUGGUCCUGUGCUUCAGCCUCAUCGCCCACAACGUGGUCCACCUCCUGCUGUUGACCCGCUGGGAGCAAACACCCCUUGUGAUGCUGGGCGUGGUGGCAGGGGCUCUGCUUGCUGACUUCCUGUCCGGCCUGGUGCACUGGGGAGCCGACACCUGGGGCUCCGUGGAGCUGCCGAUCGUGGGGAAGGCUUUCAUCCGGCCGUUCCGGGAGCAUCACAUCGACCCAACAGCCAUCACCCGGCACGACUUCAUCGAGACCAACGGGGACAACUGCCUGCUGAUGCUGCUGCCACUGUUAAACAUGGCCUACAAGUUCCACACCCAGAGCCCAGAAGUCCUGGAGCAGCUGUACGCCUGGGAGUGCUUCGUCUUCUGCCUGAUCAUCUUUAGCACCUUCACCAACCAGAUCCACAAGUGGUCACACACGUACUUCGGGCUGCCGCGCUGGGUCAUCUUCCUGCAGGACUGGCACGUCAUCCUGCCCCGCAAACACCAUCGCAUCCAUCACGUCUCCCCCCAUGAGACCUACUUCUGCAUCACCACAGGCUGGCUCAACUACCCUCUGGAGAAGAUGGGCUUCUGGCGACGCCUGGAGGACAUUAUCCAGGCCCUCACAGGCGAGAAGCCUCGGGCAGACGACAUGAAGUGGGCGCAGAAGAUCAAAUAA